AGGCCCCUCCUUUCCAAACUCAAAUCAUCGACCCCAUUCUCUCUUCCCUUUGCAUGAAUUAUGGCGACUUUCCGUCAAAAUCCCUGGGAAAAUAAUCCCAAGAAAAUGGAGGGAAAAUCCAGCGGGAUAUCCUACUGGGCUUUCCUUCUCUCCGUUUUCAUUUACAUCUCCAUAUUUUACAUCUUCGACUUGUCUCCUUCUUCCCUCUUCAACACCACCAAGUUCUGGUUCCUCAUCUCCAACACCCUCGUUCUUAUCAUCGCCGCCGAUUUUGGCGCAUUCUCUUCCUCUAGAAAUUAUAAUAUACCCGACCUCUAUACCUCUGCUCGAACCAGUAGCUUCCCGUCGUUCGAAUCACAGUACCGGGAGAUGACGAAGCCAAGCAUUAAGGUUGAGAAUUCACGAGAAGAAAAAGGUCAUCAAUUGCACGCAACUCCAGAGAAAAUCAAACAAGUUGUUGUUGUUGUUGUUAAUAACAGCGAAGCCACCCCGGAGAAUAAGAUCAAGAAGAAAGUUGAAGAAAAAGUAAAGCCGGAGAUCACUUCAAAAGCUGAUCAUAAUGCAGCGAGACACGUUCGGAGCUUGUCCGAGAAAGCUUUUCCGGUUGCGAAGAAGAUGGAAAACCAGAUUGUGCUACGCAGGACGGAAUCCGAAAAGCGAGAGGAAAAUCAUGAAGAAGAAGAAGAGAAUGAGUUUUCGGCCAUGUCAGAUGAAGAACUGAACAGAAGAGUGGAGGAUUUCAUUCGAAGAUCUAACAUGCAGAUUCGGCUUCAAGCUGCAGCUCGAAACCACGUUUAGAAUUUGUAUUUUCCUUUUCUUUUUUCGUAGGUUAUGUUUUUCAUUUUUCCCAUUUAAUUUGUCUUCUCUUGUGCUUUGUUGUUUUCUUAUGACGAGAAUAUAUAUAGGAAGAAAUUUAAUAACAUGGAGUGUCUUUUUUUCAAACAAAUAGACUAAAAAGAUUAUAUCAGGUUAAUCACAAUA